AUGCCACGCACAUUAUUGGCUUCAUCUGGGAGAUCUGCAAGGAUGUUCGAAGCUAAAAAAAACACCCUCCAUUCGCUGAUAUUUAUAUUGAAAUUCAACCCAACUUGUAUCACUUCAAUCCGCGUAUAAAACAACUAUAAUUUCUGAGGUGUAGGUCAUUUAGUCCAGAAGGAAGCCACCAAAAGUAACGAAACUAUUCGAUAAAAAAGAAGUAAAUCGUGAAUGGUGAAAAAAAAAAUGAAAGAAUAAAACACUAACUAAAAAUAUAAAUAUAUGUAAGUAAUAUACCUAUUUAUUCAGGUAUGCUCGUUUUAUCGUCGUAAACAUUUUAUGAGUUUUUUUAUUUUUUUAUUUAAAAAUAAAACUUCAUAGCUUUGAGAUUGUAUACUAUUAUAAAGCGAAUCAAGACGUCAAGGAUAGACAAAAUAAAACAACGGAAUUUUAUUUAAUAGUACUAAUCGCACGAAACACACAACCACUGGCAGUCUUGUUUUGUUGUGAUAAAUAAUUAUUAAUCUCGUAAAUAUAAUUAAUAUUUAAUUCGACACGCGAUCAACUAACUCCAUUGACGAUAUAUUAAAUAGAUUUUUUUUUUUUUUUUGAACAGUGUACGAUUUUAUCGAUCUUGUUCGAGAAACAAACGAUGAAUUGAAUCUAAAAUAUUAUAUAAAGAGGAGAAUAGAGGAUGAUAAUGUUAGAGCAAAUCUAAAACGGAAGUCUCGAGAUAAUAGAUCCGACGUUAAACCCAGUAAAGGAUGGACCGACGUUCUCGAAGACGGUCUAAAGAAUUUGGAAUUUCGGUGUGGAAUACCGGAUAGACGUGAGCGUCAGCAGACAUAUUUUUUCAUGGAAGCAAAGGUAUUAAAAAAUCAAUGACGAUUUUUUUUUAUCAAGUAAACUGUUCAUUUCAAUACACCAAACAUAGGAAUUACUAGAUCGAGGGGAAGAAGGACAGUUUUCCGAUCUUGCUUCCCCUCGUAACGCCCGUAGUCCGAAACAUGGAUAG